UACGAAAUGCGACAACUCUGCGCGCGCGUAAAAAUUUGGCGCGUCUUUGGUGAACAUUUGGAGGGAAACUGCAUCGUCGUGGCCCAGUUGUAAUUUGAGCAGUAGCAGUGGCAAGACGCAUAAAUAACUAGAGAAAAUUUAGAUAAUAAGCGGACGUGCCAAAAGUGAAAAAUUCUAUAGCAAAUACAAACCGAUAAGCAUAUCACAUUUAAAAUUCAAAUUGCAAUCAUGGCCCAGCCAUCGGUAGCUGCAUUUUUUAGCAAUCGCAAACGCGCAGCAGUGGAUGAUGCUACAACAAUUAAGACCAGGCGCUUGGCAGAGCCCGCUGAAGUGGCUGCCCCACAAAAUCUGUUGACACCAGGCGCACACACUGAACAGGAUGUGGAUAUUGAUGCACUUAAGAGCGGCAUGCGCACACGCUCCGGUCGCACCGUUAAACUUAUUGGUGUACAGCCAACACAGUCUACCCAGGAGCUCAAGAAGAAGCCCGCCAAGGUGGAACAACAAAUCAAGCAGCCCAAGCUUGUACAGUUUAUACGCAAGGGUGCGCUAUCGCCACGCAAGCCCAUGACGCCCAGCAAGGAGAAGGACGCACAGUUGCUCAACGAGCAGACGCCCAAGAUACAGCUAACAAUUGUCUCUAAGCAGAAUGAAAUCAACAUAGAGCGUGGCAUGCGCACGCCCACCAAACAGAUCAUCAAGGAUGCAUCACCCAUCAAGCAUGCAGAGCUGGCCAAGCGUGGCCUCACUUUCGAUGAGAUCAAGACCAAAAUUACGCGCAGCGCCAAGAUGCAGGAGCUCAAGGCAGUGCUGGCUCGCAAGGCGCAGCUGGAGCAACAACGCAAGGCACAGGAGGAGCGCAAUCGCCGCCUGCGUGAAGCUGGACCCUCGCCAGCCAAGGAGAAGACUGUGCAGCUGAAGCAGUUCGAUACCAUUGAGCUGGAGGUGCUAACAAGCCCCGCCAAGACUUUCAAGACACCCACAAAGCUGCCGCCACCCACACCGGACAAGAAUGAGUUGAUGUCACCGCGUCAUACGGACGUGUCCAAGCGUCUGUUGUUCAGCCCAGCUAAGAAUGGCUCGCCCGUCAAGCUGGUGGAGCCGCCAGCAUACAAACGCUUUGCCACGCUGGUGGAGACCAGCAAGGCUGGGCAACUGCCUUUGCCCUACAAGUAUCGCAAUUUGCUGGACAUCUUCAAGGGCCUGGACUCGGUGGUGGCCAUGUUCCACAAUCGCAAGGAGUGCAUUACAUUCAAGAAACUUAAGCCUGCGGUGCAGCGCAUGCUGCGCAAGAACUUCAACGAGUUGCACCUGGCGCAGAUCAAGCAUAUUUAUCCCGAGGCUUUUAUAUUCUCGCAGAUGAAAAUGCGCAACUUUGGCUCUGUAUCCAAGGCGGACUACUUUCAACUGGUCAUCAGUCCCAAUGUGGAGCAGCAGCCAGAGCAGUCGCAGUCUCAGCCGCAGCAGCGUCUAAAUAAGAUCGAUGAAGACAAUGUGCUCGCGUCGGCGCAGUCGACGUCAAUGAAUCCACAUGUCAUGACGGCGCGCAUGCAAAAGUUUCAGCGUCUCUUGCUGCAGCGCGUGAUGCAGGAACAUGACAAAUUUGUGCGCGCUUUGGUGCCACCAAUUAUCAUUGACAAGGUGCUGACGCGUUGGCAUCCACAGUUCGAUUUGGAAAGCUGUCCGGAGGUGGAGCUAGCAGCACUGCCGCAGCCACCAAAUGUAGAGAAGUACUCCUCGGCCAAGGAUAUACUUUCGACGGCGCGUAAUCUUUUCAACUGCGCCACGCCCAUGGAGCGGGCAAUGGAGCGCUAUGAGGCCAAGUUGGAGGCAGAUGCUGCCACCAGCAGCAGCAGCGCAACAGCAAUAAACACUGCAAUAGCUAAUGAGGCAACCACUUCUGUAGCAGCAACUAAUACUGCCACGCCCACUGUAAGGGAGUGCAUUCCAGCAGCAGCGCCUGUCGCGGAUGCCACGUCGAAUCUGUUGAAAGGUUUGCCCAAGUCGCUUAUAGAAAAAAUACGCGCCAAGCAGGCAGCUAAAGCUUUAGACGCCAUGACACGUCGACCGUCGCAGGAUCAGGAGGCAACUAAUUAUACGCGCCUGCCGGAAUUGGCGCGUCAUCUGCGCAAUGUCUUUGUCACCGAACGCAAGAGCGUGCUCACUCUGGAGGUUAUCAUCAAGAAGAUACAAAACAGCUUUAGAGCCAAUUUAACGCCGCAGGAAAUUGAGGCGCAUUUAAAACUACUCGCUAAGGAGCUGCCGGCCUGGGUUGCAUUCCAUGAAGUACGUAAGACAAUGUAUAUUAAGAUAUCUAAAGACCUGGACAUGAAUAAGAUUACUGAGAAGCUGGAGAGCAUUGCGAAUGAGAAGAGCAAAUAACUGGAAAUUGAGAUUAAGGCAAAUUCUAGACCCUGUGGCUAUAUCCAGCUAUUUUGUAGGCUUAAGUCAACGCUUAUUACCAAUUUACAUUAUGUUAUUGAAUCACCAUUGACUCUUAAUAAAAUAUUUGACAAUCUACAUACCAA